AUGUCCGAACCCGUGCUCGGUGCCGGCCGCCAAGCGUACCCCCAGCCGCCACCUCCCUCCCAUCACGAUACGUUCGCGUAUUCGGGCGCGUCCUCCGCCACCACAAUCCAGCCUUCCCCGCUCUCCCCGCGCCCGUCAUCCUCGUACUCCUCGUACGGCUCUUAUCCCGGCCAUGAGCGCGAUAAUAGCGGCGCGUCUCUCGGCUCUGCAGGCAUCCAGGACGCGUACGCGCCCUCAGGUGCACCCACAUGGGGCUCAGGUAUCAAACACUCUGAUUUGGAACAGGACGCCGCGCUUGCCAGCUCUCCGCUCUCGCCAUUGUAUGCUGCGAGCGCCGCGAGCGGUUCGGACGCGUCGGCCUCGGGGCUGCCGUCUCCGCCAAUCCAAUCGCGGCCGUCUCCUUCGCAGCGGCCGGGGCAACUAUCUGGACGUAACCCGCAGUCUUCACCAACAAGCAGCAACACCCCGCGCGCUCCCGGGAACAGCAAGACUUAUUCUUUCGUGUCAUUGCCUGGGAACGCGGUGAAGAAGCGGCCGCGCCGGCGGUACGACGAGAUCGAGCGGCUCUAUCAAUGCAGUUGGCCAGGCUGUCAGAAGGCGUAUGGCACGCUCAACCACCUGAACGCGCACGUCACGAUGCAGCGGCAUGGCCAAAAGCGCAGCCCCAACGAGUUCAAGGAGCUGCGCAAGCAGUGGCGGCAGCAGAAGAAGGAGCAGGAAGAGCAG